CAGUUCAAGACGCUCUACUGACAAUAGCGGCUCUGCCACUUCGUACUGAAAAUGUGAAGAUUUCUCGUGUUUGCACCGGUGGUCACUUUGGCCUCUAGACUGACAGAAACAAUGGACACAGUACAAACACACCUGCAGAGAGUGCAGACUAUAAAGUGUCAUGAAUUACCUACUGUAUACCUACAGAUUAAAGGAAGGGGGGGCAGUAGACGUGUACCCAUCCAAGCUGGCUGGCUGCCACACUAAUAAUAAAAGCCAGCACAGCCAUGCACAAAAAAAUGAGAUCUGGUAAAGCUAGUGAGCUUUAGCCCUGUAGAGCCCUGAAAGGAUCUCAGGUAUGGAAUGUAUUUUUUGGAAGGAGAGUUGAGCUCUCUGUCACUUAGAGAAUGUGCAUCCGCUAAGUCAAGAGCGAUGCUAAUGCUUUAAUACUCGAAACUUUAUACUGCAGACCGCUGAAAGAUUGAAAAAAAAAAUGGCACAUUUCUCACAGGGUUAUGAUAUCUAUUGGGAUUUCAUUUUCAUCUCAUUGAAUGUGCUCCACAUUUCUAGUUCCUCGCAUCAUAUCUGUCAGCCGGUGUCGGUGGACUGGAAUUAGGACUGGUUUACUCGACUGAAUUUUGUGCUGACUUCUGCAGUCCUUUGUCAAGAGCUAUGCUUUACCUUUUUCUAUUACAGUACUUCUUCCCAUUACUACAGUGUUUUUCUCCCCUGUGCCGGUUGCACAGUCGAUAUGUGCCAGCUUACAUUUAGAGAGAAGUAUUACUGGAAGAUUCAUGAAAUAUUGAAUUGAAUCUCUUAGACAGACCUAAAAGUACUAUUGAACUUUUAAUGCAAUGCAAAACCAACUCCUGCUGACUGCAGAGGGUGGUAGAUGAACGCAGGAAGUAGUGCAGAAAAACAAGAUGCAAAGGUUUGUUUGCCUUACAAAAGGUUUAAGGAGACUCGUGAAACUUUUUUCGAGAGAAACACUGAAUGUCAAUGUAACUGUUUAAGUACCUUUUAAGGUAGCCCAACAGUGAGAGAUGUUAGGUGUGCAGUGUAACCCUGUUGGAUGUGUCUUACUGUUAGAAACACCACAUUUCUUCCCUUCGUCAGUGGCAUGGCAACUGAAGCACAUUUAUCAACCGCUGAGUAUACUGAUCAGAGACAUCUUGUAGUUUCCACACCUGGCUAAGGAGUCCAAGUUCAUCCACCAUUAAAUGGCUUUGCCCCCCUCUCGGAGAGCAUGUCAGGACCGCAGAGAGAGAGAGAGAGAGACUCUCUAUUGUCAUCCCUUUUUCUGCCUUUUAUCUAUUUUACAAGUUUCUUGUCUGUGUGUUCCCUAAAGAAACCCUCAGAUUUCCACCAGUAGGACUGAACUGAAAGCACUGUCAGGGGAUUACUCCACCUCUCCACAUCCACUGGCACAAUCAUGGAGGAAAUGGACUUUGAGCGGCGCCGGGAGCUGAGGAGGCAGAAGCGGGAGGAGAUGCGCCUGGAAGCCGAACGGUUGGCGAGGAAUGAUGAUGAUGAGGAGGAGGCAGCCCGUGAGAGGAGGCGCAGGGCACGCCAGGAGAGGAUGAAGGGCAGGGAGAGUGAGGAGCCCAGCGGACAACCAGACAGUCUGGUCAUGACCAACAGCCACAGUGUGACAGAGACGGUGUCUGUGAGCAGCUCUUAUGGAGGAGGCGGAGGUGAAGACGAGGACCAGGCCCUGCUGGAUCGCAUGGCCAAACGUGAGGAGCGACGGCAGAAGCGCAUGCAGGAGGCUCUGGAUAGACAAAAGGAGCUGGACCCCACCGCCACAGACAGCAAUGACGGCAUCGCCAUGAAGAAAAACAACGUCGAGGAGGAGAGGCCAUCUUCCUGGCGUAGGGGUCGUUCCCGUGACAAUGAGGAUGAAGAGGAGAAGACAGAGGCGUACAGCUCAAGGAGAGAGGAGAAGAAGCGAGAGGAGCCGAGGGAGGAAGAGGAGGCUGCUAACGAGGGUGGAGAGGAAGCAGAUGAGGGUGUUGAUGAAGAGGAGGAGCAGAAAGUGGAGGUGGUGGAGGACAAACCGAGAACAUCUUACUUGAGAGAACAGGAAUCUACCGAAGAACCUAAAAUGCACAGCAAGGAACUCGCUGAAGAAGAAACGCAUUCAGUAGUCAGUGAGAUUGCAAACCAAGCCAAGUCAACCAAUUCAGAGGCUGAGGAGGUGUCAGUAGCAUCAGAGGAGGCUGAGGAGGUACCUGAGGAUGAUAAUGUAGAUUAUUCUUCAGAGAAUAAGUCUGUGACUCUCAUAAAUGACUCUGAAGAGGACAAUGAGGUAUCUGAGAUACUACACACAGUGGAUAAUGAGGUGAAUGAGAGAGGCUGGGUCAGGGAGGAUCAGGGGAGGCAGAACGGAGCGCUGCACGAGGAGGAGUCGACUCCCAACCAGCACAGGAAACCUGAGAGGACCCUCAGUCGCGGCAGUGUGCGUUCCCCCGAGGUGUCCGCUGGUGACGACCAAGACGACGCUGCCCGUCUGGAGGCGGAGCGCAAGCUGGAGGAGCUGAAGCGCCGACGCGACGACGCGGAGAGCGAGGAGUUUGAGAGGAUGAGGCAGAAGCAGCAAGAGGCCGAAGCCGAGCUGGAGGAGCUGAAGGUGAAGAGGGAGGAGAGGAGGAAGGUGCUGGAGGAGGAGGAGAGGCAGAAGAAGCAGGAGGAGGCGGAGAGAAAAGCCAGGGAUGAGGAGGAGAAGAGGAAGAUGAAGGAGGAGAUUGAAAGGAGGAGAGCAGAGGCAGCUGAGAAGAGACAGAAGGUGGAGGACACUAUGGACGGGGAGGGCAGACCCUUCAAGUGUGUCAGCCCUCGAGGCUCCUCUCUGAAGAUUGGGGAGAGGGCGGAGUUCCUGAACAAGUCAGCACAGAAGAGCACAGUGAAGGCGUCUCAUUCUCCCGUGGUGUCCAAGAUAGACAACCGGCUGGAGCAGUACACUUCAGCUGCUCAGCAGAGGGAGAACAAGGAAUCUCGAUCCCCUCGCUCUGGAGCAGUAGAUCUCCCCAUGGUCACAGACAGCAUGCGAAGCAUCAAGAGCAUGUGGGAGAAAGGCAACGUGUUCGGCACACCUGGAAGUGGCGGAAGCCCGUUCAAGGAAGCAGCUGUGAUGAAGACAGGCGUGGCGGGUCGCAUUAACGACUGGCUGAAUAAAACCCCGGAGGGCGGCAAAACGUCAGGAGGAAGACCAACGGACCUGAAGCCGGUUGACGUCACUAACAAGAGGAGUCUAUGGGAAAACAAAGGUUCCUCUCCAACCAAGGUGGCAGGCAGAGGGGAGACCAAAUCAGUCGCCAACGGUAUGGGACACUAGUGUCUUGAAGGAGCCACUAAAGCUGGGGACCACGACAAUCCAAGACUCUUCCUUUGACUUUGUCUUUAGAACCAAAUAAUGAUUACACUCCCAAGAGGAAACCCAAGAAAACGGAGGGACAGGAGAGACGCUGUCCGAGCACUGUACCGAAACAGCAUCAUAUCUUUGUACGGUUGCCACGUAUAGUGCCUUUGCACAAUGAUUCUUGCUUUCUAAAAGAAACUAAAUGCUGUGAAAUUUGGACAUUUGUAAUUACUAUUACUAAUUACUUUAUACAAUCCUGUCAGGAAGAAAAAAAUAAUUAAAUUUAGAUUUAUCUGUUGUACUCCAUGUCGACAGUUUGGAUAGAGACGGAAUAGAGGAGUUAAAAGUUUCCACAUUCCAAAGAGAUGGGUGCAAUCAGUUCUCUCCCUCAUACAGUACAUUUUCCAUCUCUUUUUUGUAUUUAUAUUUAAAGCAAAAGCUUCACACAUUGCUAUUUUAUUCAACGUUCACCAGUUCAGGAUAGAAAUAUAAGCACUUCUAGAAUUUAGCUGAUUUCACUUUUAUUAUUGUCUUACCAAUAGUGCAGCAAUGGUCUGAGUAAUAUAUGUUAGCACAUGUGAUGUUUUGAAUAUGACCUAUCAUACUGUAUCUUAUAUAACAUUUUUAUACUCAUUACAAAAGGUAUUUUUGCUUCUUCUUUUUUGUAUCCAGAAACGUUUCAACAACAGGCAGUUGAUUUUGGUGGUAAUAAGAGUGUUGAAUAUUCAGAAGGCCAUUACGACUUUUAUUAUCCUUUGUGUUAUUUUAUUUAUGUUUUAAUGUGUUUUGUCCUUUUCUAUUUCUCGCUGUUUUUGUAGCUUUUGUGCCUGUUUGAUCACUUUAAAAUCUUCAGACAUUCCUCUUAAAAAGCAGGUGGAGAAGGUGCCUUCGCUGUAGGUUUUACAAUGUAGGAAAUCUGCAAACCAACCCUCUUUUUUUUAGAAUCUACCUUAACUUCUAAUAAUUACUAACUCUUCUUUAUUGCCUCUAUGCACACUCUUUCGCUCAGCGAUCAUUUUCUAAUUGAUGGCAUUUAAAGUAAAAUCAGGGUGCCGAAGCAUAUAUAGCAAGAUACUAGUACAAUACAAGGAUAUUUACCACUAUGUAAGUCUUCUGGCCUUAUGAUUGCAAUCAAAACAUGUAUGACAGCUGAGGUAAAUGAUAGCCUCAAAGCAACUCAAUAUGAUAUUAAGACUUAUGAUUUUCAUGUUUAUUUUUCACUGAUGUGGUCUUAAGUAGCACGUUCCCUUCGAUAGUUUUUUGCGCGACACAAGCUGAUGAUAUUAUUGGUUUGCCAGGGCAUUACAUUGAUCAAUGUUACUGCUCAAAAGUCUGACAAUCACAUUCCAUGGCUCCUGAAAAGAGCAGGGUAGCUUGACCUAAAUGUGAUUUAAUGUGACAUUUAUGUUUGUUUUUAAUACAGUGGUUUCACAAUGUUUUUUGCUUUGUUUCUACAACCUUUUGUCCAUUUUAUGUUUUUUAAAGUUCUUCCAUGUUUAACCAGACACUCGUUUGUGUAGCGCAAAGCCUAUGCAAAACACACUAUCUGUAGCCUCUCUAAACACUUCCAAUGUCAUACAAGUGGGCAGUUUCCAACUGGAUGAAUGUUUUAAACAUUGUACGCUUCACUCAACAACAGCAAUAAAGACAUUGAGGUAUUCCA